AUGGCCCGAGCAAAAUCAAACUUCCUUAUAUCUCUCCUCCUUCUCAUUGGCACCGGCGAGCUCGGUGCUGGGCAGAACUGCGGCUGUGCUGACAUGGUAAGCCAACAGUUCUUUGAUGGGUUAACGAGUCAAGUAGAUGCGAGCUGUGAAGCCAAUGGCUUUUACACGAGAGAGGCAUUCUUAAAUGCUUGGCAAAGCUACUCUAGUUUUGGAGAUGGCCCCACAAUCGAUGACACCAAACGAGAGAUCGCUGCCUUUUUUGCUCAUGUUUCCCAUGAGACCAUAAAUAUGUGCUACAAAGAGCAGGGAGAUAAAUCCAAUGCAUAUUGUGACUACAAUUCUCAGGAUUACCCAUGCAGCCCAGGGAAGAUGUACUACGGGCGUGGUCCCCUCCAAAUCUCAUGGAAUUAUAAUUAUGGUCCCGCUGGCCAGGAAAUUGGCUUUGAUGGCAUCAAUUGGCCUGAAGGUGUUAGCACCGACCCCACCAUUUCCUUUAAAACCGCACUUUGGUUUUGGAUGAGAAAUGUGCAUGGCAUCAUUGGUCAAGGUUUUGGAGCCACCAUUCAAGCUAUCAAUGGUGUCCUUGAGUGUGGAGGUCAGAACCAAGGAGCAGUCAGUCAUCGUGUUGAUCUCUAUCAAAAUUAUUGUGGUCAGUUUAAUGUGUCCCCAGGCGAUAACCUCUAUUGCUAG